AUGUUGGCGCCAGCAGCACGUUUCCUCCCAAAAUACAGGAGUGCGUUUAUUCGCUCCGUAUCCAGCUUAUCAUCCAACCCGUCAAUUAAAGUGUUCCCUGCCGAUGCAUCACGAGCUUCCUUCCUUCUGUCCUACCUCGAAGAUGAGCCGCCCAACCAGAGAAUAGCCAUUGGCUUCUCCACGAAGGAUCCCCCGACGCCGCAGUCUUUCAUCGAGAACCAAACAUUCACCAAGAUCCUCUACGAAGUCCUCGCGGAGCAUGCGCACAAGGACAAGGACCUUCUUUCGCAGGCCGCAGCCUUCGCUGGUCCUGGCGGAGCUAAUCUCGGUUCUGGAGGCGCCUUCUUCGUCCAAAAGAACAAGAGAGGCUCGUCACGCAAGACCGGCGGCGGCGGUGGCGCCGGAGGAAGCGGUGCCGGAGGCGCAAGCGGACAGGGCGGCGCCGGGGGAGGCGGCCACGGUGGUUAUGUCCAUUUAAGCGACUCAAGGAACCCUCCGGACUUUGGCCGCAUUGCCUGGCCCGAAGACAUCUUGGGCAGCGUCGAGGUUGAUCAGAGCGGUAAUAUCAUUGGAAAACUCGAGCCUAGCGGCACAUAUCGGAUCAUUACCAAUGAGGGAAUUCUCGGACUCAGCCCCUUCCUGACAGAGAAGCUGAAAGAGAGGCUUCGGUCAGAGGACCAGAAGGACAAGUCAAGAUAA